UUUUGUUAAUUAAUCUGUGAUGUGCUUCAGGUGCGAUUCUGGGCCGCUCGGAGACACAGGAGUGUGUGUAUUAUAAUGUGAGCUGGGAGAAGGACGGAACAAACAGGAGCGGCACGGAGUCAUGUUAUGGAGAAAAGGACAAGCGGCGACACUGUUUCUCCACCUGGAAGAACCGCUCGGGGACCAUCGAGAUGGUCAAGCAGGGCUGCUGGCUGGACGAUGUCAACUGCUACGACAGCAGUGAGUGUGUGGAGCGCAAAGAGAAUAUUGAUGUCUUCUUCUGCUGCUGCGAGGGAAACUUGUGCAACCAGAAGUUUCACUACAAUCCAGAGACGGUUGAGCCCACGUUGAACCCCGUCCCCCCGAAGCCGGACUUGUUUCCCACGCUGCUCUACUCUCUGCUGCCCAUCAUGGCGGUCGCCGUAAUUCUCUUCAUCUCCUUCUGGAUGUACCGUCACCUGAAGUUGACGUACCCGCCGCUGCUCGUGCCGUCACAGGAUCCAGGUCUGACUCCUCCGUCUCCUCUGCUGGGUCAGAAGCCUCUGCAGCUGCUGGAGCUGAAGGCCAGAGGACGCUUCGGCUGCGUGUGGAAAGCUCAGCUGCUCAGUGAAGCCGUGGCGGUCAAGAUCUUCCCUGUCCAGAAUAAGCAGUCCUGGCAGAAUGAAUAUGAGAUUUAUAAUGCGAGCGGAAUGAAACAUGAAAACCUCCUUCACUUCAUCGGAGCAGAAAAACGUGGAAAUGGAGUUGACAUAGAGCUGUGGCUGAUCACAACCUACCAUGAGAAGGGUUCACUGACAGAUUUCCUGAAGGCGAAUGUGUUGUCGUGGAAUGAGCUGUGUCUGAUCGCGCAGACGUUUGUGCGCGGUUUGGCUUAUUUACACGAGGACAUUCCCAACCUGAAGGAUGGACACAAGCCUGCUAUAGCACACAGAGACAUCAAGAGUAAGAAUGUGCUGCUGAAGAGUGAUCUAACCGCCUGCAUCGCUGACUUUGGCCUGGCGCUCAAGUUUGAAGCAGGAAAAUCAACAGGUGACACACACGGACAGGUUGGCACGCGGCGCUACAUGGCUCCAGAGGUGCUGGAAGGAGCGAUCAGUUUCCAGCGGGACGCUUUUCUGAGAAUCGACAUGUACGCGGCCGGUCUGGUGCUGUGGGAGCUGGCCACACGCUGCACAGCGGCUGACGGCCCAGUAGAUGAGUUCUGUCUGCCGUUUGAGGAGGAGGCUGGUCUUCAUCCGUCUCUGGAGGACAUGCAGGAUGUCGUAGUACACAAGAAACUGCGACCAAUAUUCAGAGAACACUGGCUCAAACACACGGGUCUGUCUCUGCUCUGCGAGACGAUGGAGGAAUGCUGGGAUCACGAGGCGGAGGCGCGUCUCUCUGCCGGAUGUGUGGAGGAGCGAAUCAUCUCCAUGCAGCGCAGCACCAGCAUCAUCAGCCCUGACGACAUCCUCUCCGUCGUCACGAUGGUAACCAACCUGGACUUCCCGCCUAAAGAGUCCAGCCUAUGAUGAUGCUGCUGCUCUCGGCCAAUCCCAACACAGGAAAACAAACAAACUCGAAACAGAACCGCUGUCCAAAAACGAGGAGAAGGAACUCAGCGUGGACGCCGUCUCUUAUGCAUAAAGGAAAAGACUUGUGUUUUAUAACCGCAGUGAUUUUAGCAUAUGUACAAAAGGGCAAGGACUGCGUUCGCUUGUUGGCUUCUGCGAAUCAUUACAGUCACGCCAACACGAGACACUUGUGAAUGUCUGCUGCAAAUCACACACGGAGUCUGGAGGAGAUAUGCUGAAAUAACCAUAGACCUCCCUCAACAGGUAUAUACCUCAUUUUGAUUUAUCCUGCUUUUAUUCUUUGAGCAGCCGCUGUGGAGGAGAGCAGCUGUAACACACACACCGUAGUGUUUCUGCCUUCACAUUUCAUCAUCAUCAGAGUCUCCUGAAGGGGUCAAUCAUGAGGAAUCAAAGCUUGCUAUACACACACACACACACACACACACCAGGGUCCAACAUCAGCUUCUGCCUGUCUUAGGGAUGCGCUGGUAGAAACUGCAUCCUCAUCAUCUACUCUGCACUUCAGGUGGACACGCUCAGAACGCUUAUUCAGAAGAUGUGGGACGCUCAUGAUGUCAAACACUAAGCACCAGCAGAAAUCUUGGAGUGUGUGUGUGUGUGUGUGUGUGUGUGUGUGAAUGAGUGUGUUUGAGUGAGUGAGUUUGCCUGUGCUGUUCCUCAGAGCCUGCAGGGUCUCAAACUCAAUUCCUGGAGGGCCGCAGCUCUGCAAUGUUGCUCCAACCCUGAUCACACACAGCUGAUCUGACUUCUCAAGCUGUUCAUGACUCUUUUGAACACCUCCAUUAUUUGGAUCAGAUGUGUUUGAUAGGGUUGGAGCUGCGGCCCUCCAGGAAUUGAGACCUAUGCUGCGGAUCAGCGGUGUCCUGCUGAGGUUAGCUCCAGUUUGUUUCAACACACCUGCACUGAGGUUUCUAGUGCAUCUAGAAAGAGCUUGAUUAGCUGCUUCAGGUGUGUUUGAUUAGGGUUGGAGCUAAACUCUUCAGGACACCGGCCCUCCAGGACUGAGUGUGGACACCGCUGCUGAAGAUGAUACCAACAAGAUUCAAUCUGGACCUCAACUAUUCUAUGCAGAUGUGUGUAUUCAUCCAUUAUGGUGCAACACGUGACCCUGGACCACAAAACCAGUCUUUCAUUUUAUUAUUAUUGUUAUUUUUUAAAGGAUUAUACGUUGAUGAACAGCUGAUUUGUUUAGCUUUCCAAUGAGGUUUGCUUGUUAGGAUUGACCAAUAUUUGGUUGAGAUGCAACCAGUGCUUAAUUUGAGGAGGAUCUUGUUCUGGAUGAAGGCCAGAUAUUUGUAUUUUGCGUUUCGUUAUUUAUUUUUUAAUGGAUCCGGCAUUAACUUUUGCGUGGUGAACACCUACUGCAUGUGUGUGUGUGUGUGUGUGUGUGUGUGUGAGAGAGAGAAGGCUGUGCGGAUUGUGUGUGUGUGCGCUCAUACAUGUAUGACGGUAGUCACGAUACGCAAGUUAAAGCACAACUAUUGCCAAUAUUUUCAGCCAAUCAGCUUUCAUUUGUUUACAAUCCCUCUUAUUGGUUGGUGAUUGUUGUUUCAUGCGCAGUGAGCAGCGAAAAUAAAUACUAACAUAGUGGUCUACAUAAAUAAUAUCUGUAUUUUUAAAAUGGCAAAGAGGCAGUCAUGCAUUUCAUUUUUUUAAAACCAUAAAUAAAUCAGACCAAAGAGAUCAGGUGAAGAUGAAACUGAACGGAUAGAUCAGGACAGCAGGAGACAGAAGCAAAACUCUCUCAGUUCAGCCAGAAACCAUGACAGAAGAGCUCAUUUCAUUAUUUGUGUUUCACUUGGCACAUAAUAGUGAACUGAAUAGCAAUUGUUCAAACCAUUUAUGUUUGUAGCUGCAUGUUUGUAUUAUCCAUGACUGACCUAUAAUGUUAUAUGGCACAAAAUAAUUGAAGACAUGUGAAUUGACAUGCAUCAGAAAUGUGAUGCUUUUUUUUUUUUUUGCGCUGUCACCGUUUAAUGAUGUCAUGUUCCGGGAAAACUCAAAGUGUUUGGAGGACGUCGGUCACAGUGACCUUAUAUUCCUGUAUUUGUUCCGAGAAUUAUUCAUUUACAAAUUAAGCACUGGAUGCAAUUAUUUGAAAACCUGAAAGUUCAAAAAAUAAAUCACGUUUAGAGUAAAUAAAGUUUUUAAGAAUGCCUAUUAUUGAUCAGUUAAGCUGUAAUAUAUGGUAAAACGUUUAAUAAAUGGAGUAUGAUCUUUACUCAAAAUCCUUUUGACUUUUGUCAAAAUACAAAUCAAUAAUUUUGACCGGUACUAUGUAUUUUGGCCAAAAACAAUACACCCGUGCCACUUAAAACUGGUUUUGUGCUCCGGGGCCACAUGUGGAUUUUAGGAUAUUGCAUAAAAUACAUCACAAUCAAAGCCUCAACACGACUCAUGCACAGAUUAUGCUACAUGAAUUCUUUGAUGUGCAACUAAAAGUGAUGAGAAUGUGGCUCUGCUGAUGCUCAAUCACAGCAUCUGCCAUUGCUUUAGUGCUUCUGAAAUGCAGUUUAUUCGUUUAUUAUGGAGGAAAGCUGCAGAAACGUUCUUUUUUUUGUUAUUGCUGACCGUUUGCACCCCCUUCCCAUUAUUCAUAAUGUAUUAACUAUUAAUAUAAAUCGCAUUCUGCACUUUUGGAAGCAAACAAAGCUAACGCGACUCAACACAAACGAGUUUAGCUGCAGAAAACACUAUCAGUAACAUUUUAAAGGUGUCAUGAACUCGGAAAGCAAAAUUCCCUUCAUCAUUUCAGCUCAUACUAUUUAAAUAUAUGAAUUAAUAUUUAAUUUUAUGUAUAUAUAUAUAUAUAUAUAUAUAUAUAGAGGUUCCUCUAAAACCAGCUUAUAUUAAAGUCUCCCAAGAAAUCCAAACUUACCAUAUGAUUUUGUUAGCUCAGAUUGCCAGUUUUGUGGUUAACAGUUCAUCUUUCUUUCCCCGAUCUUUCUAAAUGAAAUGCCUACUUUACUACAUCCAUACAGCCCAUGGUAGAAAAAACAAGCCACGCCCACUGUUUGCUCAUUUAAAAUUCCAUUUCUCUAGGAACUGUGUCACAAUACAAAAAUGAGCAGCAAAAUAUCACAGCUUCCAGUUCAUUUAGACUUUAAAGAAAUGUUCUACUCUAUGAUGUAAUAGGGUGGAUGAGCCCCGCCCCCACAAAUGAUUGACACCCACUUAUAUUGCGAUGCUAUUUUAGCCGUUAAUAUGCAAAACUGUCAGCCAAUCGGACCAGUGGGCGUUUACUUUUACGUCUACAAUCAGCCACGCCCACUCAAACAGAGCGUUCUGAUAAUGAGCCUCAAAAACAGCACAGAAAAUAGACAAAUAAUUGUAAAUAAACAGUUUUUUUUAUUUGUAAAGUUCUUGAUAACAUGAAUAAAGAUCAAGAGAAAUACACAUUUAAAAAAAAAAAAAAAAAGUUUGAUCAUGACCCCUUUAAGUGGUAAAUUUGGCAUUUACUUUAGUCUACAAGUGGCCAUAUCCACUCAGAGCGUUAUGAUUAUGAGGCUUAAAAACAGCCUAGCGAAAAGACAAAUACUUCUAAAUAAACCAUUUAAAGUUUCUGAUAAAAUUAAUGAAGAUCAGAGAAAUACCAAAAAAAAAGGCUGAGGUAGUUCAUGACCCCUUUAAGUGGUAAGUACCGAUCAGAGCAGUGGGUGUUUACUUUUAAGUCUAGUAUCGGCCACGCCCACUAGAACAGCGUUCUGAUAAAAACAGUCAAAAACAGCACAGAAAAUAGACAAAUACUUGACAAUAAAGUUUUUUUACGAGUAAAGUUCUUAAUAACAUUAAUGGAGAUCAGAGAAAUAUAAAAAAAAACAGUAAAUUAUGACCCCUUUAAGAGCAGUGGGCGUUUACUUUAAUCUACAAUCAGCCACGCCCACUAAAAAAGAGCAUUUUGAAAAUGAGGCUCAAAAACAGACAAGUACUUCUGAAUAAAAAGUUUUUAUAUAUAAAUGUCAUUAAUGUAGAUAAGAAGAAAACAAUAAUUAGUUCAUGACGCCUUUUAUGCGGGAACUGCUAAUCAGACCAGUGGGCGUUUACGUUUAAUUUUAGAAUUGGCCACGCCCACUCAAACAGAGCGUUCUGAUGAGGCUCAAAAACAGCACAGAAAAUAGACAAAUAAAUCCAAGUAAAAUGUUUUUAAUGUAAAAUUCUUGAUGACAAAUGGAGCUCAGAGAAAUGUUGAAUUAAAAGCUGAGGUACUAUACGACACCUUUAAGUGUAAAGUGCCAAUCAGAACAAUGGGUGUUUACCUUAGUGUCUACAAUCAGCCAAACCCACUCAAACAGAGAAGUAAGAUAAUGAGCCUCAAAAACCGCACAGAAAAUCGAUAAAUACUACUAAAUAAACAGUUGUUUUGUUUUAUAUGUAAUGUUCUUGAUAACAUAAAUGAAGAUCAAGAGAAAUACAAAUAAAAUAAAAAAGUUUGAUCAUGACCCCUUUAAGUGGUAAAUUGGGCAUUUACUUUAGUCUACAAUUGGCCACACCCACUCAGCGUUAUGAUUAUGAGGCUUAAAAGCAGCCUAGCGAAAAGACAAAUACUUUAAAAUAAACCGUUUUUAAAAUAUAAAGUUACUGAUAACAUUAAUGAAGAUCAGAGAAAUAUAAACUUUACAAAAAAAAGCUGAGAUAGUGUAUGACUCCUUUAAGUAGUGGCUGGCAAUCAGAAUAGUGGGCGUUUACCUUGGUGUCUACAAUCAGCCACGCCCACUCAAACAGAGCGGUCUGACAAUGAGCCUCAAAAACAGCACAGAAAAUAGAUAAUAAUUGUAAAUAAACAGUUUUAAUGUAAAUUUAUUUGACAUAAAUGAUCAGAGAAAUACCAAAUUUAAAAAACAAACUCAGGUAGUAUAUGACCCCUUUAAGUGGUAAGUGCCAAUCAGAGCAGUAGGCGUUUACUUUUAUGACAAUUGGCCACACCCACUCAAACAGAGCGUUCAGAUGACAGUGCUUAAAAACAACACAGGAAAUGGACAAUUGCAUCUAAAUAAACAGGUUUUUUGUUAAUGUAAAGUUCUUGAUAGCAUUAAUGAAGAUCAGAGAAAUACCAAACAUAAAACCAAGCUGGUGCGCUUCAUGACCCCUUUAAAUCUGAGUGAUAUGUUGAUUAAUCUUCAGUUGGAGGUGUGUAGAUCUGCAUAAUACUCGCUCUCCCUUCUCCAUCUUGCUCUUCAUGUCUUUGUGAAACACUACAGCAGUAUUCAGGGACGCAGGAUUCUUUGCUCACUACCGCGAUUAUGCAAACCACAGCAUACAGCAUUUGCAACUGUAGCAUAUGAAGCGCUUUAUUUAUUUCAUGAAUAAUGUGACAAACUCUCAGUACUGUGAAAACAAACGCCGGUUAUUAUUAUGAUUAUUAUUAUCGCCCUGAAUGUGUUAGACAUUUCACAUCCAUCUGUAAAAACACACACACACACACACACACAUGUACAGGACAUCAAUAAUGUAAAUAUGAUUGUGGGUUUUAAAUGAUUAGACUAGCAUGACGUUGCUCUCUUCUUUUCAGUGUCACUAAUCAAAAACAACAGUACUUUAUAAAGAAAUUAUUCCAGACGAUUGUAUUGCUGGGUAUUUUGUACACCUUGUCUAUUGCAGACCCAGAAUCGCUGAUUGAUUAUGCAUGUGAUUGUGUGUGUUUUUUUUUCUAAAUAUAAAGACGCUUUUUUACACUC